AUGAAGUGGGUAGAUAAAAGACCGGUUCUGAUGCACUCAGCCUGUGAAAAUCACGAUACAUCAUUAGUUAAUACAGGAAAAAUAAGAAAAGGACAGACUGUAAAAAAACCACAGUGUGUAAUCGAUUACAAUAACUCAAAAAAGGUGUCGAUUACAGUGACCAGAAGGCAUUUUACCAGAGCCCUUCCGAAAGAGUUAAUUUUUAAUUCAGCAAUCGUCAAUGUUUGGGUUAUGUUUAAUUAUCAACAUCCAACUAGCAGGCUCACAAUUCUCCAAUUUAGAGAAAAACUAGCGAAAUAUUUCUAUCAGUGUGGCAGAGAAGAAUUGCAACCGGAACGGCCAGGAACUCCUAAAAGAUACCAUACCCGUACUGUAGGGGAAACCGAAAACAAAAAGAGGAGAAAAUGUGUAGGAUGCUACAAAUUACUAAGAAGAACAAUGAAUAGUCGCGAAGCUGACAAAACGGUAAAAAAAGUCUACACUCACUGCGAGGAGUGCGCGGGGAAGCCGGCCUGUUGCUUAGUUUGUUUUAAUGAAGCCCAUUAG